AUGGAGAAAAGAAAGCGGCGGCAUGCCGAUGGUGGGCAGGCUGAAUUCGGGGAAGAUGGUGGACUCCAGCACGAGCAAGAAUACCCAUCUGCGAAGAAACACUCCAAGAGUGGAAAGGCCUCCGGUUCAUCAGAGGACAGAAAGAAGAAAGAGAAGGGCAGGCGAACUGACGGGGAGGGACACGGAUACAGUCAUGGCACUGGCAACGAGGAAGCGGCUGUCGGGCGUUCGUCGCGUCGAGCUGAGAAGAAAUAUCGAGGAAACUCUCACGCUAGCUCUGCCACGCAGAGUUCAACUGCAUGUGAAUCUGGUGGAGAGGACGCCUCUUCAUCUGAUCAAGACGUGGACGUCCACAAAAGAGGCGAUAAACGCCACAGAGUGGCUGAUCGCAAGAAGGCGAGCCUGCAGCACUCUUCCGCGAGUGGUGAUGACAUCGCGGAAUCAAGCCAGGGGGCACAUGACCUUUUCGGGUCAGAUUCUGACGGGGAAUCCGAUCUUCUUCCCAGGAAGAAGUCGAACGAUAUCGACAAGAUUGCUAUCAACAAAGCGUAUGCAGAAGCCUACGAAGUUCGCAAGAGACGGGAAGUGCUACAAAAAAACAAAGAUCUACUCGACGAAACCGACGAUAGUGAAUCGUCGAGCGAUGAAGAUGAAGAAGGCGACCUCCUGUCUGAAAGGGUGGAGUCAAAAAUCUUGGACACGCUAGCGCGAAUCAAAAAUAAGGAUUCGUCGGUCUACGACAAGAAACACAAUUUCUUUGAUGAUGCGGAUUUCGCCGAUGACCAGGACACCGCUGCUAUAAAAGGCUCAUCAAAGAAAACGACCUACACAGAUAUGGUCCGGAAGACACUGGCAGAGCACGGGCCAACGGCGUUCGUCGACGAAGAGGACGCACUUUCUGCAAAGAAGUCAGGUUCACAAGCCCCCAGCUACCGUGACGAGAUGGAUGCGCUGAAGAAAGCUUUCGUGGAAGCUGCUGAAGGCGUCGACGAAGAUGACGGUUUUCUUCAAACUAGGCAGAAGACAGAAGAGGAACUCGCCCAGGAGGAGAAGGAUUAUAAAAAUUUCCUGAGUUCGAACAAGGGAAAGGAACAAACUGAUAUGAACGCCGUGUUAAAUAGAUACUGGGCUCCAGAUGAUAAUCUGGACUCAGAUGAAAGGUUCCUGAGGGAUUACAUUCUCAAUCAAGGCUGGCGAGAGGAUAGGGUUGCGCUUUUUGAUGAGCAGAAGAAUGAGAGGUUUGAUGAAGAUGAAGACGAACUCAAUGUGGAUCAGGCAGACGCUUUCGAGGCGACAUACAAUUUCAGGUUUGAAGAGGAAGGAGGUGCAGACAUUCUGGGCCAUGCUCGUCGAGUUGAAGGUUCUGUCAGGCAGAAAAACGAUAAGCGCCGGAGGCAGCGUGAGGCAAAGAAAGCGCGACUGGCAGAAGAGAAGGCCCAGCGUGACGAGGAGCUUCGGCGAUUGAAGGCUGCGAAGAAGCAAGAGAUAUUAGACAGAAUUCGAAAAAUACAGGAGAUGACGGGUCACAUGGAAGUCGAUGUAAGCGCUAUCGACCUUGAUGCUGACUUUGAUCCCGAGGCUCACGACAAAGAAAUGGCAACAAUGCUCGGGGACGACUAUGAAGAGCGCGAGGAAGCAGUCGAAGGAGAUGAACUCCUUAAGGUCCCUACUGGUUUUGAACAGGAUUUGGGUAUCUCUGGUGAGGAUGAUCAGACCUUACAAUCCUUGUCUAAAAAGCAGCGAAAACUCAUGAAAUUAUUGAAGAAACGUAAUGCUCGAUCAAUCGAUGAGGGCGAGGCGUAUGCACCGCUACCAGAUGGCGAAGAAGGAGAUGCAAGCGCGCCAACAGAUGUGGCUGCGGAAGAUGAUAGUGGAUCUCCGCCAGAGUCCUCAGAGCAAGAUGCGUCGGAGUGGUGGAUGUGUGACGGUUGCGGCAAUGGAAUCCCAGGAGGCAAAAAAAGAUUCGACUGCCUGACAUGUGAUAAUUUCACACUCUGUAAACAAUGCUACCGUAACGUUCGUCAUCCACAUCAACUGGUUAAGCGGACGGUGCCUCUAGAGUGCCAGCCGCCGAAGGAUUUCCAUCCAGACUCUUCCGAUGUUUCGAAAACUAUCAAGGAGUACUUGGAUGAAUAUUUCCAGACCGACUAUGAGGACAUCAUUGGAAAGGAUCUUCCGACGCGCUUCAAAUACACCCGCGUCAGACCGGAGAGUUAUGGAUUGACGGUGGAAGACAUUCUUUCGAAAACCGACAAGGAGCUUAACGCACACGUCUCCUUGAAAAAACUGGCACCAUAUCGCCCGCAGGUGCCUGAAUCAAGAAGAAAGUUACAAAGGGCCAUGUUCUGGAGAAAACGCACGGAAAAAGAGGCACAGCGCGGUGGCAAGAAAGACAAGAAGAAUCCAGCAAAGCAGAUGACAAAAUUCGGCAUCACACAGGACCGUCUGGACGCUUAUGGCGACUGA